AUGGAAGCGCAAAAAGAAAAUGUAUACCUGAAUGCUGGCGGCGGCGGCGUCAGUAAGAACAAACUAUCGACACCACAAAAUGUGUUUGUGAUCCAUGAAGACUUAGAGUCUCUCACGGGCAAGAAAAGUUUAAAAGAGCGAUCAUCUGAUAAAAAGAGACGUGUGCUGGGUGAUAUCUCAAACAAGCAGCGGGACCGCCAAAGGAACAACAAUUCUGAUGACAUUGCGUCUAGUGAAAAGAGUCGACCAGGUGAAAGCCUAGAACGGCCAACGAAACUCAGCGCCAAGAAGAAGACCAAGACCCCACUGAAAACAAAAGCCGGUGCAUCACUGGAGUCCAAGACAGGGAUCACGCCUCCACGUGUCGAGGAAGUACCUAAUAUCGAAUCUGCAUACGGCGGACUGUCGUCUCCUACAUCAGACUCGACGUACCUGAAAGAUUUGCACGACGAGAUCAUACAAGAUAUUCUAAAUGACGAAACCCCGACUCUCUUCGAUGACUUUAAUGCUGCUCCCGCUGUCGAUGACUGGAGUGAUGAAAAGGCAAUGCUUGAAAGUGGAAAGCCCCCGUCUUCAUGGUGGUUGAAGGAAUUGGAAAAGACGGACUUCCAAGAGGAGGUGGAGGAAGAAUAUUCAGUGUUUGAUGAUGUGCCACCGCCAGAUGAUCUUUCUAGUGGAUCUCUUGGUAGCCUUGAGACCGACGGAUUGCUCGAAGAUAUCCUCAGUGUGGAUGUCGAAGCAGUGUGCACUGAGUAA